UACGUAGGCUACCGUUGUAGUAUGACAGCUGAACAACAAUUGCCCUUAAAAUGAGCUCAUUAGCAACAAAACAAGCGUUCAAAACUUUUCGAGCCUGAUUGUAUUUUUAUAUCAGUAUGAAGUGAAACUGCCCUCGGCCCUGCUUCACCUGUGCAGUGAGUUUUCGACGGACUAAGGGUUUUUUUAAGCAGACAUCAUUAUGUCGUUCCUGGUGGACUCAGUCAUCAUGUUCACUUCACAGGUGCUGUUCUUUGGAUUUGGCUGGUUAUUCUUUAUGCGGCAGUUGUUCAAAGACUAUGAGGUGCGACAGUAUGUCGUCCAGGUGGUUUUUUCUGUCACUUUUGCUUUUUCUUGUACCAUGUUUGAGCUCAUCAUCUUUGAGAUUCUGGGUGCCUUAAGUAGUAGUUCCCGGUAUUUCCACUGGAAACUGAAUCUGUAUGUGAUACUGCUGGUUCUAAUCUUUGUGGUGCCUUUCUACAUUGGCUACUUUGUUGUCAGCAACAUACGCCUGUUGCAGAGACAAAGGCUUCUUUUUGCCUGUAUGGUGUGGUUUACCUUCAUGUAUUUCUUCUGGAAGUUGGGAGAUCCAUUUCCCAUCCUCAGUCCAAAACAUGGCAUCCUGUCCAUUGAGCAGCUCAUCAGUCGUGUUGGUGUGAUUGGAGUCACUCUCAUGGCUCUGCUGUCUGGGUUUGGUGCUGUGAACUGUCCCUACACCUACAUGUCUUAUUUCCUCAGAAAUGUAACAGACAGUGACAUCCUUGCUCUGGAGAGACGGCUGCUCCAAACUAUGGACAUGAUUGUCAGCAAGAAGAAAAGAAUUGCCAUGACACGGAGGCAGAUGUACCAACGUGGGGAAGACCAGAACAAACAGACGGGAUUUUGGGGCAUGAUCAAAAGUGUUACCUCCACCCAAACAGGCAGUGAAAACCUCUCUCUGAUCCAGCAGGAAGUUGAUGCUCUUGAGGAGCUGAGUCGACAACUCUUUCUGGAGACUGUGGACCUGCAGUCCACCAAGGAGCGAAUCGAGUACUCCAAGACAUUCCAGGGGAAAUACUUCAACUUCCUCGGCUACUUCUUUUCCAUCUACUGUGUUUGGAAAAUCUUCAUGGCCACUAUCAACAUUGUGUUUGACCGAGUUGGGAAGACGGAUCCAGUGACGAGGGGUAUUGAAAUUACAGUGAACUACUUGGGUAUUCAGUUUGAUGUAAAAUUUUGGUCUCAACACAUCUCUUUCAUCUUGGUGGGAAUAAUAAUCGUUACAUCCAUUCGUGGCUUACUCAUCACCCUCACUAAGUUCUUCUAUGCAAUAUCAAGCAGCAAGUCUUCUAAUGUCAUCGUGCUUGUCCUCGCUCAGAUCAUGGGGAUGUAUUUUGUGUCGUCUGUACUGCUGAUGCGCAUGAGCAUGCCGCUGGAGUAUCGCUCCAUUGUGACCGAGGUUCUAGGAGAGCUGCAGUUCAACUUCUACCACCGCUGGUUCGACGUCAUCUUCCUGGUCAGCGCCCUGUCCAGCAUCCUCUUUCUUUAUCUCGCCCACAAGCAGGCACCAGAGAAACACAUGGCGCUCUGAUCCCCGAGUGUGCUUCUCCUUUCUCUUUAAUGCGACUCCUGGCCCACAGGGUGACUUUUAAUCUGGAAUUUAGGGAUAUCCAGAGAUCCUGCUUUUUUAAUACAGGAUAAAAUGAUCUGGACUGCCUGUUCCUGAAUCAGGAAUGGCUGAUUGUUGGAUACAAGUGAUGGGAAACUACUGGAGCACAUCAGGGAACAGCUUUGAAGGUGUGCUCUCUUGAAUUAAAAGGUAUAUUCAGAACAACUCUUCCGCAAUGAAUUUAAUUUUACUUGCAAAUUUAAACACUUUGGUCUCUGUGCUUUUAAAGUUUCAUUAUUUUGGCCAAAAUGAUUUUUUUUUUCUUUUAGUCUGUCUGAACACACUGGAGCUGUACUGUUCACAGCACAUCCCUGCUUCACUCACACUGAGGUGUAAAAUGUUUUAUAUGAAAAAAAGAUCAAGAUGUCACUCAUGGUCAUGGCCUCCCUGAAGUGGCUAUUUUCAUUAAAAAAUGUGUCAUUUAAUUGGGAACUCAAACAGAUGCACAUAAAGGAAGCUUAAUUCA